GCAGGGCGCGGCGGGAGGGGAGCGGAGCGGGAAGGGACAGAGACACGGCCAUGGAUGCGGGCGAGGGGCGGCCGCAGCCCCACCUGGCCGCGCUGGUGUUGGCGCGGGGCGGCAGCAAAGGGAUCCCGCUGAAGAACAUCAAGCUGCUGGCGGGGGUGCCGCUCAUCGGCUGGGUGCUGCGCGCCGCUAUCGAUGCCGGCGUCUUCCACAGCAUAUGGGUUUCCACAGACCAUGAUGACAUCGAGAAGGUUGCGAAGCAGUUUGGUGCUCAGGUCCAUCGCAGAAGCCCUGAAGUCUCUCAGGACUCUUCAACUUCCCUAGAAGCCAUCACAGAGUUUCUCAAUCAUCAUCAUGAGGUGGAUAUUGUAGGAAAUAUUCAAGCAACAUCUCCCUGUUUACAUCCCAGUGACCUUAUAAAAGUGGCAGAUUUGAUCCAGAAGGAGGGCUUUGAUUCUGUCUUCUCUGUUGUGAGGAGGCAUCAAUUCAGAUGGAGUGAGGUAAAGAAAGGAGAAAACAAGAUGACAGAACCCCAAAACCUGAAUCCAGCAAAGCGGUACCGCAGACAAGACUGGCCUGGGGAGCUCUAUGAAAAUGGCUCGUUUUAUUUUGCCAAGAGGCAUCUGAUUGAGAAAGGCUAUUUGCAGGGUGGUAAAAUGGCCUACUAUGAAAUGCGUGCAGAGCACAGUGUGGAUAUUGACAUAGACAUUGACUGGCCUAUUGCAGAGCAGAGAGUGUUGAGCUUUGGAUAUUUUGGAAAGGAGCCACUAAAAGAGGUGAAGCUCUUGGUUUGCAGUAUUGAUGGAUGCCUGACCAAUGGUCGCAUUUAUGUGACAGAAGAUCACAAGGAAAUGGUCUCCUACGAUUACAGAGAUAUUGUUGGCAUUGAUCUGUUAAAGAAAAAAGGAAUCCAGGUUCGACUCAUCUCUGACAGAGAUUGUUCAAAAACUCUGUCAGCCAUGCAGCUGGGAUGUGUAGUAAAUGUCAGUGUAACAAAUAAACUACAGGUUCUGAAGGACUGGCAGGAGGACAUGGGUUUGAGCUGGAAAGAGGUGGCUUACUUAGGAAACGAGGAGUCUGAUGUGGAGUGCCUGAAGCAGGCAGGCAUGAGUGGUGUGCCUGCUGAUGCCUGUGCUGCUGCUCAGAAGGCUGCUGGCUACAUCUGUAAGAGCAGAGGUGGCUGUGGAGCUGUGCGGGAGUUUGCAGAGCACAUAUUCCUGCUCUUAGAGAAAGUGAACUCUGCAAGGAAGCAGCUGGAAGAAAUCAGCUCAGCAGGGAAGGAAAUGGGGAGAGAUAAGAACAGCAGGAAAGGAAAUACGGAACUGAUGGAAAAAGAGUAACACCGUUGGUCAGUCCUGCUUUUCUUUCUCAGUACAUCCAUAUCCCAAAGGAAUGCUUGCCUUUCAAAUUUUACAGCACAGGAGAUUUAAAAAGGUGUCUCCCUCUAACUCCAGGUCCCACUUUCAUGAUUAUCUGCUGAAAAUAUCAUCAUAUCAUGAUGAUUUUAAAAGUCAUUUAAGUGCAGUGGGAGGAAUGCUACAAAAGAGUGUCCCUGUAAAUCUGCUCUUAAUCAUCACACCUGUCCUACAGGAAUUAUCCAUCUUUGUUUCAUAAUCUGAAUGUUUUCAAGGAUCAAUGAUUUUGCAUGACUUGAAGAUUUGUAAUUCAGGCUUAAAAAACCCAAAACUUUUGUCAGUUCUGCUCAUAUGGUUUGCAUUUCUUUUAUCAAAUGCAUGGUGUUGUGGUUGUGUGAUUGCAUUUUACAGGCUUUGUUCUUAGCAAGGAAGAGUUUUAACAUAUGCCAGAGAGGUGUAAAGUACUUAUCAAUAAAACUUCCUCCUCUAUUUUUAAAAUAGAACACAGUUACUGUAAAACAAGUUAAUAUUCGUUUAAAAAAUCACUUUAACAUAUGUUCAGUUUGAAGCUUAUAAAUAAUUAAAUCAGAUUUGGAAUUGUGCUUGUUGGAAUCUGUUUAUUUUGGGUGUUACUGUAGUGCCUAAAUUAAUAUUUUGCCAAAUUUGGAGUUAAAUUCCCCAUUGUCUUUGAGAUCUUUGCAGAAACUCAGUUUCUUUCUAUGAAGACUAUAUUGCAACCUUAAAUGAGUUAAAGCCAAAUAAAAAUCUUAAAGUUUAUUGUAUGGAAAAGUAGCUGCUGUUAAAAAAAAAAAGCCACCAAACCAUAGUUGAUGUGGGUUUAUAUAAAAUAUAUAUACAGACUGUUUUUAGCAUGUUAAAACUGGUUUACAUGCUUGUAUUUAUUGAAAAUAGGAUUUGUAUUGUACAUUACAAAUACAAUAGUAUAUAUCAGAGUCAAGUUCUGGUUUGGGUUAUGCUAAAAAUUAAAAAUAACCAUGGUUAGCAGGCAAUUACAAGUGAGGUGAAUGAUAAUGCUUGUCAUUUUAUUCUGUUUUUCUGCUAAAUAUUGUAUUGUAUAAAUAGUUAUACUCCCAGUAUAUCACCUGAAAUAUUGGCCUCUAAUAAACUUUGUGUUUACUUCCUUUCACAAAACAAAA